GCAUCUUGAUUGUUCCUGCUGUUCCGACACGGCCCGUCGAUUUACCGUUGCUGCGGAACCAGCCUUGCGAGGCAGAGCAAUGGUAAAACUCAUCAAAGGACGCACGUCGCGAACUUGCGAGUGUCGUGACUCAUGGCUCUCGAGUGUCGAUUUCCCAUCUUCUGCACAGUCUGAGUGAGGAUGGACACAUUCAGCGAACGAGAUGCGGACUCGAUCCCAGAUCGCGGGCCUACCCUCAUUAUCAUGAUGUGGACUCUCACAUCUCUUUCAUUUGUUACUAUCGUUCUUCGAUUCAACUUUCGUGUGCGUAAAAGACAGGUUGGGUGGGAUGACAUAUUCAUGGGUACGACCUGGGUGUGCUUCGUUGGGUGGUCCGUUGUGUUGACGCUGUACGCUAAUCGAGGCGGGUGUCAGCACAUCUGGGACGUCCAAAAGCGCGGCAUGGACAACUUGACCCAAGCUAUACUAUUAAAUUGGACCUCUCAGAUCUUCGGCAUCGUGGGCGUGGCGACUGGAAAGAUCUCUAUUUCAGCAUUACUGCUGACCAUCGUGCGAGACACAGGAUGGAGAUGGCAGCGAAUGUACCUCUGGACAGUCACCAUCAUCUUGACGAGCUGUGUGGCAAUCUCAUGCUCGCUACUGACCUUCCUGCAAUGCAGUCCGCCGAGACGUCUCUGGGAUCCGCGAGUAGAUGGAACAUGCAUAGAUCCCAAGAUCAUGGCUGGUUAUGGCAUUUUCACUGGAUCUUUCUACACCUUUGCCGAUGCUAGUCUAGCAAUCAUCCCGCUCACUAUCUUUUGGAAGCUCCGUAUCAGCAUGUUUCAACGAAUCCAGUUAUGUAUUGUGUUUGGGCUCAACAUCUUGACGUCGAUAUGCUCGGGCAUCAAGACACAGUACCUUGCAGAACUUGGGAAUCGUACGGAUCAGACAUGGGCGACAUACGACAUCUUUGCCUGGGUUACAGCCGAGCUUUUCCUCUUGGUGGUGUGCGGCACGGUCCCAACCCUCUACCCUCUUCUUCGUGGGAUACAGUGGUUGCUCUCGUUUAUCAGAAGCAAAGUGGCUCAACGACCAUCGUCAGAUAAAGAGCCACUGAAACAAUCGGACGAGGUGUUGACCGUUGGGAAGAUCAGGAUGCGUUUGAGGAGAGAAUGCACGGAACUGCCAACUGAUGAGAGUGGAAGCGAGGCUCAGAUGAACAACAACAACAACAACAACAACAACAACAACAACAACAACAACAACAAUGACCAGUGGCGUAUCCGGGAAAGAGCACAGCGAUGACACAGAAGCUAAAUUCAUCGUCAUUGCCUGAUUCUCUACUACUGCCUCUCCGCCCUUCUUGACGCUUUCCCCUCGACACUCUCGCCACUCAGCUUCCCGCCUACUCGGUCGAUAAGAACAUGGGUAUCUUGUCCCAGUGACACCGGAAGCAGUGAAUGGAGCAAAAGGGCCCAUCCGAAACUCAGAUCGUCCAAGCCAAACGGGACAGCAAACUCCGCGAGCUACUCUUUGGCUGCUAGGUCCUAUCCCCCCUAGGGUGGUUGGUCACUCUGAAGAUGAAUGUGGUCUCUGAGAUCUAACGCACUGGCUGAAUGUAGCUGCCAUU